AUGGCUGUAGUCCUCAAUUCGGAAGAAAAUGUCUAUUUUUCGUCAAGUCCUCUUCGUCGAUCACAUUCGCAGCCCAAAUUCGUCACACAACCAUCAUCAUAUUCGAAAUCCCUAUCUCGAUCAAAUAGCGCAAAAUUCAACCCGAUAAUAUCUCCUAGUAAUUCCUCAAACUCUUCGGCGCCAUCUUCUCCACAAACAUUACAUGCUGAUUCUGUCUCCCCCUCAUAUUCAUCAACACCAGCUAGCAGCUUGUCGCUUGAUAAUUGUGACGAUGAGGACGAAGAGGAUCACAUUUCCUUUCCCACAUACGACGACAUAGCAUACUGCGAUCAAAUCGAAGACCUGGAACCACCAGCCAGUCCACAUACAGGCGAUUCCUAUAGCGUUUCACCAACGUCAAACAGCACCUCCACCAUCUCUCGACCCGGCUCUCCCGAGGUACCGCAGGCACAUGCCGAGGAUGAUACAGCAUUACAGGCGAAACCUUCACGGCACGUAGAUUACCUGUCACAUAAUUGGAAAGAAGAGGAUAUAUGGGCAUCGUGGAAACUUAUUGUGUCAAAAGGCUGCGAAUACUCUAAUCAUGAGCGAUUAGAAAACGCCUCGUGGAGAACCUGGAUGAAGGCAAAGUAUGGACUCAAGACAGUUUCACCAGAAACACUCAAUUGGUUGAAGGAUUGUGAUGUGACUUGGCUAUAUGGUCCACUUCAAUCCGGACCAACGGCAUUCAACGCCCCGGACACCUCCCCUGUCAGCAGCAGCAGGCUUUCAAAAUCAAAUUCAUUUCUACAGAAAAAGCCAAUCCUCAAGAAACGAAGCAUGUCUGAAAUAAUGCUUCAGAGAUCUCUAUCGUCGUCGUCAUUACUCAAACAGGCGGCCGCUGCAGUCCAAGCACAACAAUCUGGAGAUGCACAACGCCCUGGUAUAAUGAGGGCCGCAUCGGAUUACGUCCCGUACGAAUUUGCAAGUAGGCAUGUAGAACAAGCUGAUUUAAGUAUGCUUUCAUCAGUUACAUCAUCUGGACUAAUCACUCCCGGCACUGAAAAGAAGCACAUUAGUUUCAAUGAGCAAGUAUCGCAAUGUAUAGCUUUGGAAGUCAAGGGCGAUGAUGAUGAUGAGCCAGACUACAAUACUCAAGACUUUGAUGACAGUGACUCUGAUGAUGGAGCUAUCAUGAUGAAGAGAAGCACUUCUAAGCGACAACUUCCACCAAUGAGGAAGAAGGUCAUCUCCAGAGUUAACUCCAUGGCAGACAGCAAGACCAUUGCAAUGUUGCCAUCUACAACACUUAAAUACCGAGAAGACACACCAGAGCCCCAGGAAACAGCUAUGAAGCACAGCGGAUUUUUUCAUGGAACAAAACUAUCGCCAUCAUCAUCUCAGGAAACCUUAAAGCCCUCGAAACCAUCAACGAGAAUGCUUUUAGGUGACGAUGAUGAAGACGAUGAUAUCGAUUGGCAACCAUCGAAUACAUUUGCCCAUAGAAAGGAUAGCAUUUCAGUCACGCAAAAUCGAUUUAAAAGUCUCAGUACUUCCGAUUCUAUGGGUUCAAAUGGGGAGCCUUCCGGCAUGAGGAGGACACCAUCUGGUAUGUUUAUGCCUUGUGAAGAAGACGAAGACGAUAUUGUAUCUGAAGGACUCUUUGGAAAGGUUGUCGACACUGUAAAUACAGCAAAGGACAUAGCACAUGUCAUAUGGAAUGUUGGGUGGAGGAGAUAA